AUGGAAAACAAGUUACGUGUUAUUCGUGCCCAACAAAGGAUGCAGUGUGGUGUAAUGAUUUUAAUUCCUAAUGCUAGAUUAGGACUGAAAGGGUUUAAAAUAUGUCAUACAGUAAGGAUAAUUGAUCGCUUAGAUGGAGUUCGUUUGUUGUGGUCCCUGCUGAAAAAUCCUCACCCGGACGUGAAGGCGAGUGCAGCGUGGGCCCUGUGCCCGUGCAUCGAAAACGCUAAGGAUGCUGGAGAAAUGGUUCGUUCUUUUGUCGGUGGUUUGGAACUUGUUGUCAAUUUACUGAAAUCAGAUAACAAAGAAGUUUUGGCGAGCGUGUGUGCUGCUAUUACCAAUAUAGCAAAAGACCAAGAAAAUUUAGCUGUUAUUACAGAUCAUGGAGUCGUUCCUUUGUUAUCCAAACUGGCAAAUACAAAUAAUGAUAAAUUGAGGCGUCAUCUGGCUGAAGCUAUUUCACGUUGCUGUAUGUGGGGCAGAAACAGAGAGGCCUUCGGUGAGCACAAAGCAGUGGCUCCAUUAGUGCGUUACCUGAGAUCGACUGACACCAACGUGCAUCGAGCGACAGCUCAGGCCUUGUACCAUCUCUCAGAAGAUGUCGAUAACUGCAUCACCAUACAUGAGAAUGGCGCAGUAAAG